GCAAAGCAAACUCACUUUUCCAUUUGACCCUUUGUUGACAAGCAUGCGAGAGACGCGCCAGUCCUUCAUGCACGCGAUCCAGUCCAUGUCCAAGGACCCGCUCGACACGCACGUGCACGCCAAGUGCGCGCGCUUCGCGACGUCCGCGGCCAAGUCGCUCGCGACCGACGCGACCAAGUUCCAGUUCAAGGCGUCGAGCCACGGCAUUGAGAUUUACGAAAGCGUAUCGCGGCCGUACCGCGUCAAGGCCGUUGCGCUCGUGCCCGGUGACCUCGAAGACAUUAUGUUCGUGCUCGGGAAGCAAGGCGCCAAGGCCCACGAGUUCCGGAAGACCAUGUUCCACCUCUUCCAGGAGUCCUUCUCGGAAGGCGUGAGCCUCCACGCGCCCGGCCGCGGCCUCGACCAGCAGCACGUCAACCUCAACUGGCUCGCGCUCGCGGACGCCAGCUUGCGCUACGACAUGACCUACAUGACGGCAACGUCGCGCUUCUUGCGCCGCAGCACGGGCCUUGCCAACGCCGGGUCGUGCCCGGCCGACGUCGGUGUCCAGAUCUGGCAGUCGGUCGAGAUUCCCGAGCUCACGACGUUCACGGAGCGCGACACUGGCUGCAUGCGCUUGCGCCUCGAGACGUCGGGCUUUGUUGUCGAGCGCACCUCGACGCCGCAGACGAGCCAGGUCGCGUUCCACUUGAGCUUUGGUGGCGCGUCCGUCUCGAGUGCGUGGAUGCAGCUCCUCGCCGAGCGUCUUGCGAGCAUUGCGUCUGUCUUCACGCGCCCUGGCAGCCUCCAGCUCGUGCCUCGGUCGAUCUGGACCUUCAACGCCUACUGCUACUCGUGCUUCAAGUCCUUUGGCACGUUCCGGCGGCGCCACCACUGCCGCCUCUGCGGCAACUCGAUCUGCUCCAAGUGCUCCGUCUCGGUCGAAAUCACAUUCCCUGGCUCGCCGACGGCCAGCCACUACGACUCGACGUCUGUCCCGUGCUGCCACAAGUGCGCCGACACCAACUCGCAGAUGGACCAGCACCUCAUGGAGAUCGCGCGGCCGUCGCGCGUCUCGAGCGUCACCAAGCCGUCGUCGCCGCCGCCGAUGCCGUCGACAAUGACGACGACAACGACGGCCGUGUCCCCGAUCCACCUCUCGUUGCGCGACAUUUCGAACCUCUUUGCACCGACGACGGUGGACGCGGUGGUGUCACCGACGGAGCGUGUGGAUGACGACGUCGAGUCGCCUGCCGAAUCGUCCUUCUUCCGCAUUUCCAAGGGCAGCUGCAUGCGCGUCCGGACAGAAAGCGCCCAGUCGACGGCGCCGUCGAGCCAGCGCAGCUCCCGGAGCACGCUCACCGAGUCGGACAUUGAAGCCAGUCUCGAACUGCUCAACGACGACUUUGACAAAAUCCACAUGGAGCGCCUCGAGGCCGCCAAGCGCCGCCUCAACCUCGACGCCGCGAAGGAGAAGCGGCCCCUCGUCUACCUCUAUUAGACGCUCUCUGUUCGUGUAGCUUAGUGUUGUUAUUGCUAUAUCGCAAACGUAUCUUAUUUAUACCUCGA